AUGUCCAAUAACAGUACUACGACUCAUGCUACGGCGUCCGCGGGAACCGACGCGCUCCGCAACCCUAGUCCAGUGGUGCGGGCUAAUAUUAUGCGAGCUGGACUACUCAAUCGUGGACGGACUCUCGGUAUUGGAUGCUGGAAUGUACGAACGUUCCUGGACCCUGGUACCCAAAGUCUGACCGCACGCAGCCUUCAUCAGUACAACGUGGAUGUCUGCUGUCUGUCUGAGGUACGACUUCCUGACUCGGGCUCUCGUGAAAUAAAGAUCCCUGGAGUCGAAUCCCACUUCACACUGUACCACAGCGGCCCCCGCGAUUCCUCUGGUCGACACGGUGUGGCGAUCGCCUUAUCACAACAAGCGGAGCUUGCGCUACUUGCUUGGGAACCAGUAAAUGACCGGAUGGCUUACGUGCGAUUGAAGGGUCACUUCACGAACAUCUCCAUCGUCGCUGUGUACGCACCAACUUCGGCUGCGGAACAGCGCCAUAAAGAGGCGUUUUACUCUCAGUUGCAAGCGCUAGUUGAAAGACUGCCUCGCCGCGAUCUGCUGAUUGUUGCUGGCGAUUGGAAUGGUCGAACUGGACCUGGCGACCCCACAACCAGUCAUCUUGGCCGCUUUGGGCUUGGUUCUCGAUGUGAAAAUGGUGAGAGAUUGCUGAACUUCGCUGAUCGAAACCGACUGCUUGUCACCAACACAUGCUUCCAGCAUCGCAAAAAACAUCUGCUGACCUGGUAUUCAAACGACGGUCGUACGGCAAGUCAGAUCGACUACAUACUAGUCAGCUCAAGGUUCCGCAGCUGGGUUCACGAUAGCAGAUCGAUGCGUGGUGCCGAGACUGGUAACGCCCAUGGAUCGGACCAUGUCCUCGUCCGUACACGCCUGAAAGUUCACCUCUCAUCCGCACCAAAAAUGCCACGUCCUAGACGCCUCAAUGUCGCAAAAAUCCGGCAAGCCAGCACUGCCGAGGCCCUAAGCAGAGAAAUCCGGACCUGUUUUACGGCCCGAGUCGACGGAGAAGUCGGUAACCAGUGGUCGUCACUGAAGACAUCAGUCUAUGGGGCAGCUGAGAAAAUCCUUGGAUACACCCAGCGACGCCGCAGUGAUUGGAUCAGCGGAAGAACCCUGCAGUUGUCUGCUCAGACGGCUAGAGCCAGGUCCCGCAACGAUGACUACUUCCGCCAACUUCGGAAGAUGACGGCAAAAUCGGCCAGGGAUGACCGGAAACAAUAUUGGGCUGAAAUAGCGACAUCCAUGGAACAGGCCUCGAACGUUGGUGACACUCGAAAGCUCUAUCGUCUGAUCCGCCAAGUUAGCGGUAAGCCCUCUACACUGAGUGACUCUGUUCGCGAUGUGAACUGUGGCUUUAUUGCUGACAACUCGGCCAAAGUCGAGCGCUGGCGUGAGCACUUUGAGCACCAUCUCAACUUCGAUACCCAACCUACAUCGCCCUUGUUCUCCUCCUCAGCGGAGUUUCUUCCCUCUCCUACCUAUGCAGUGCCAUGCGGUCCCCCCUCCGAGGAAGAAGUCGCACAUACCAUACGAAAGUUGCGCAACAAUAAGGCACCCGGAGAGGACGGUAUACCCGCUGAAAUCUUUAAGUCUUGUGUCGACACUCUGGCGCCCUGGCUCCAUGAGGUGAUUGAACGAGCGUGGAGAGACGAGGUUGUUCCUGAUGACUGGGGCUUAGGCAUCCUUGUACCUAUCCUCAAGAAGGGAGAUAAGACGAGAUGCGAGAACUACCGCGGCAUAAGUCUCAUCGACGUUGCUGCGAAGAUCUUCGCUAUUGUCCUACUCAGACGAUUCCAGGCUGUGCGUGACUCAAGGACGAGGCCCAACCAAGCCGGAUUUCGUGCUGGACGUGGAUGCGCAGAUCAGAUAUUCACACUGAGGACGUGGAUGCGCAGAUCAGAUAUUCACACUGAGGCGCAUUCUCGAAUUUCGCCAUAG